UGCGCGCUCCCGUAAAAAUCCUGACCUCACUUAUGACGUUAGCACGCUGUCGACGCAAGCUCCGCCCCCUCCGUCCUGGACGUGUUUGUAUUUACAGCGCAAGUUCCUCCAGCUUUCAUCAAUAAACCGAGUCCGAUCACACCUGGACCGAACUGAGGGUAUCACCAUGGCCUUUCAGGGGUCUGAGGGACUGGAAGAACAGAUCGAGGAGCCGGAAGAUACUCUGAGAGUUUCCCCGGCGGAGGAAAUGCCCGUCGAUGGGCCUCCAGCGAUAGAGGAGCCGGAGCCGGAGCCGUUCCUGCUGCCGUGGGACCGCUUCUCCUCCUGGCUCCACUGCAUCUGUGUGGUCGGCUUCGAUCUGGAGCUCGGGCAAGCUGUGGAGGUUAUCUACCCACACCACUCCAAACUCACUGAAAAAGAGAAAACAAGUAUAUGCUAUCUGUCAUUCCCGGACUCCAAUUCAGGUUGUCUCGGGGACACACAGUUCUGCUUCCGUUUCCGGCAGGCCGCAGGCAGGAAGUCGUCACUCGGAUGUUUCCUCGACCACUUCGACCGGGAUGCGCCGGUCUGUCUCAAGAGAGAUCAGGGCUAUUACUACGGGUAUGUGUACUUCAGACAGGUGCGAGACAAGUCGCUCAAGAGAGGCUACUUUCAGAAGUCUCUGGUCCUCAUCAGCAAGCUGCCCUACGUGACCUUUUUCCACUCUUUGCUGAAGCUCAUCGCCCCAGAAUACUUUGAGAAACAGGAGCCGUGUUUAGAGGCCGCGUGUAAUGACAUUGACCGCUGGCCAUCGCCGUGUCCGGGGAAGAUCCUCACACUCCCCAUCAUGGGUGUGGUCAUGAAGCUGCGCAUCCCCACUUGUUACGACAAGCCUGGAACAUCUCAGCUCGUCCAGUCUGCACCGAGCGACAGUCUGGUGUCCAUCAUUCUGCCCACCGUACAUGAAGUGGAUCUCUUCAGGUGUUUCCAUCCAGUGUUUUUUCAUAUUCAGAUGUUAUGGGAGCUUAUGUUGCUCGGUGAAGCGUUGGUGGUCAUGGCACCGUCACCGGCAGAAUCUUCAGACACUAUUUUGGCAUUGGUCAGUUGUAUCUCUCCUCUGCGCUACUGCAGUGAUUUCCGGCCGUAUUUUACCAUUCAUGACAAUGAGUUUAAGGAAUACACCACUCGAACACAAGCUCCGCCUUCAGUCAUUCUGGGAGUUACAAACCCAUUUUUCGCCAAAACUCUCCAGCACUGGCCUCACAUCAUCCGCAUCGGAGACAUGAAACAAGCAGGAGAGAUGGCCAAACAAAUGAAAGUGAAGAAACUAAAAAAUCUGAAGACUUUGGACUCAAAACCUGGUGUCUACACUGCAUAUAAACCGUUCCUGAACAAAGACGAGGACAUUAUCAAGCAGCUGCAGAAGGGAGUCCAGCAGAAGCGUCCUUCAGCGGCCCAGAAUGCAAUUCUGCGUCGAUAUUUCCUGGAACUUACACAGAGUUUCAUCAUUCCACUGGAGCGUUAUGUGGCCAGUCUAAUGCCUCUACAGAAGAGCAUCUCUCCCUGGAAAAGUCCUCCCCAGCUGCGGCCGUUCAACCAGGAGGAGUUUAUGAAAACACUUGAGAAGGCCGGACCUCAGCUCACCUCACGACUCAAAGGAGACUGGAUCGGCCUCUACAGGCAGUUCCUGAGGUCUCCGAACUUCGACGGCUGGUUCAGGAACCGCAGGAAGGAGAUGACGCAGAAGCUGGAAGCUCUUCAUCUGGAGGCGCUCUGUGAGGAAGACCUGCAGCUGUGGAUACAGAAGCACACAGAGGUGGAGACCGUCGACCUGGUGCUCAAACUCAAGGAGAAACUGACUCAGGCCGAGAAAGAUCAGCUUCCUGUCAAACCAGGAACUCUUCCCAAACUGCAGGCCCAUAUCGAGAGCAUCAUCCUGUCUCUUCCAGAGGACCUGCAGGGCAUCUUACACAAACCGCCGAGCCCCUGACCCUCAGCCAGCUCUGACAGACCAGACCAGACCGUACAGGGUUAACAGACACGAACGUGCUGGAUUUCUGCUGGAUCCUCCUCAAGUGCACUUGUUGCUGCAGAUCUGCCGCCCUUGAAUGGACAAUGCUGGCAUUGCCAAAAACCGCACAGGAAGUGACUGUGCCUGAGCGCCAGAGGGAUGAAUGAUGGCAGAAUGACGCACGUGUGUCACGGACACAUUCUGAGUCUUUCUGCUGUAAGUCUCACCGUGUGAGAUUAACAUUCCCUUUGCUUUUAAACAUGAAGAUGGAGUCAGGAGAGAGAGAUCUGCUUCUGAAUGGAGAUCUGUGAAUGGUUGUGCUGUGACACCAGAACAUCUGGAGCAAGAACAUGAAACCUGUCAAGAACAUGUCCAGGUCAUAUUUCACCCCAAAAUGAGGAAAUUAUAUUUUGCAAAUAGAAAAUGAAGCCUAUUUUAAGUCCAUUAAGUCCAUAUAUAUUAAUGUGUAUACAUUCUGUAAUGAUCCUGAGAUUUUCUUAUUCCCAUUAUUCAUGGAUUCUCAUUAUUACGUAAUUUAAUGUAAAAAAAACAAAAACAGAAAAACAAUUACUGAACUAA